AUGGGUUUGGAUCAACACGAGGCAAAGGAUCAUUAUCAUCCAGGAGGGGCCAAUUACAUCAUGGGGCUGCUCAUUGCUAAUCGCUACGCCUGCUGGGUAGAGUUGGUCCUCAUCCAUAUCAUGAACCCUGGGACGUCAUUUGUCGGACACCUGGCUGGGAUUCUGGUCGGUCUGCUCUACACUACUGGACCACUAAAGAGACUCAUGAAAACCUGUGCAGGCUUUGUGACAUCUAAUGGGCAUUAUGGAAGGCAACAAACAUACUUCAGCUCAUCAGGAUACAGUGGAUAUGGCAUGCCUUCGAACCCCCAUUAUGGACAGCAGUCAUUUAUUCGCAGGCAGUAUGGCGCCCCCUACAGGGAGCCAUAUGACACAGCAAUGCCCUCUGCACCAUCCCAGCAUCCCUAUACAGCAGGACUGUCAGAAGAGGAACAGUAUGCAGCAGCUGUCAGAGCCAGCCUGAACGACAGAGGUAGUAAUACUCGUAGCACAUAUACCCAGACUAACCUAACUCCUGAAGAGAUCCGCUGGCGACGACUUCAGAGAUUUAACAGCAGAACAAUUGGAGAACGUGACACAUAAUGAUAAUAUUACUAGAUUGUUCACAUCAAAGAGAGCAGUAAACGACCAAUUCAAGCUAGCGGAGAAGAUUCUUCCACUGUUGACUGGUUGUGUCAUUGAAUAGCUUUUAUGAUGUCAUCAGUGGGAGGUUUUCUAAUUUCUAAUUUUUACAUUAACUUUAAAAAUGGAACAUUAAUAAUAUCCAUGACACAUUUUUGUGCAUGUGCCUUUUUGCAGUAUGUUGAAUGUACCAUAAGAUGAUUUUGUCAGCAUGCCAGUAAGUCUUACUAAAUGUAUGUAAAAUCUCUCAAGCUUAUAGCACUUGAUUAUUUCCAAACAACAUUUCUUCCUAAGUAACUUGUACUUUGUUUCUUAAGAAAGUAUAUUUUUGUAAAUAAACAUAAGUCAUUCUUUUUAUA